GGCAGGGAGAACGGAAAUAGGUCACGCGCGGCCGGUCACUUCCGGUGUGUGCUGUUUCAAGAUGGCGGCCGGCUGGCUGAGAUGUGCUGGUCAGCGAUGCCUGUGGGCUCGGCUUGGCCCCAGCCUUUCUGUGCGACACAUGGUCCCCAUGGCAACAACAGCGAAGGAGGAGAUGUCUCAAUUUUGGGAAAAAAACACCAAGUUGAACCGUCCCAUGUCUCCUCAUAUCAGCAUUUACAAGUGGUCUCUGCCCAUGAUGAUGUCCAUCACCCACCGUGGCACUGGCGUCGCAAUGAGUUUAGGGAUCUCUUGUUUUAGCCUGACUGCCCUGGUCCUUCCAGAACAAUUUCCUUAUUACUUGGAACUGGUGAAGUCACUCAGCCUGGGACCUGUUCUCAUCUACUCUGCUAAGUUUGCUUUGGUUUUCCCCCUUAGCUACCACACCUGGAAUGGAAUUCGACAUCUUGUGUGGGACAUGGGGAAAGGAUUUAAGAUGUCGCAGGUCUAUCAGUCUGGAGUCCUGGUCCUGGCCCUGACCCUGCUUUCCUCUGCUGUACUCGCAGCCAUGUGAUGGUGUCUCCUGGCUGAAGCCCUCCCCACUCCAGAAAUGAUUUGGUUCAUCAUAGCCCAUGUGGACAGUCCAGUCCAAGCCCAGCUCAGGGUGUGCAUGUGGGUAGAAGGCGCAAGAGACUCAUCAGUAGUAUAUUGCUGGGCAGGGUGGGGCUGUCCCCUAGGCAUAAAUCUUGUGGAUGAUCAGUUUGCUUAAUUGCUGGUCCAGAAGGAUGUAACGUGUCCAAUCAGCCAAAUUCAGUGAAAUCCCAGAAUGUCCGUCCAGUCCCAAUACUGCUUGUUUUGAAUAGCCACAAAUGGCCGGCCCCUGGUAUCUAUUAGCAGUUGAUCUUUAGCUACUUUGAAGACACUCUUGGGAGCUGCCUUCUUUGAUGGGGCUUUGCUUUCUAACUGUCUCUUCAGUUGUUUCCUGCACUGUCGAGAAUCUGGAGACAAUGCUGGUACUGUGUCCCCUGCCCGGCCUGGGAGGCCUUGGGGGAGGAGAUGCGAGUGCCUGUAGCCUAGUAUAUGUGUGUAGGCUUAUGUAAAGGACAACUGUCCUGUGGCUGCUGGCACUAGUUCUGGGGGAGUGAGUGUUGCCUGAGCUACUAGUGCCGGUGCCCUGAUGCUAGGGAGGGGAAUAAGGAAUUGAUGCCGUCCUGGAGAAAAUGCCAAGUGUUGGGAUCCGGGCUUUCUGCUGCAGUCAGCAUCCUGUGGGCUUUGCCUUGGGGAGUGGGGAGGGGCAGCCCCUGCAGGGUGGUGGGAGACUUGCAACGGGGCUUUACAUAAGGGGGCUGCGAGCAGUGAAUUCUCAGCUCUGUUCGGUGGAUCCCACUCUUCAGCUAACAAAGAAAAAUGCACCUUGUGUUUUCAGGGACUUCUUUAGGCAAAACUGUUGUGUUUCUCUUCACUCCUUUGUGGUGACUGCCAAUGCACUAUCCUCUUGCAAUGCUGCUGUGUGCUGUUACCAGCUGUUCCUUAGCACACACGUGUCAUGUGUAACAUACCCACCCUUUCCAGUAAAGCAGCUUUGAUCUUUCACACCA